UUGAGCCUCCUGCUUGCCGUACAAAAACAAACAUGGCGUCUUCUGCGGAUGUACACGUCCGAAUUUGUGGACAAGAAAUCAUAAAAUAUGACCUGGAAAUUAAGGCUCUCGUUCAGGACAUCAGGGAUUGCCCCGGGCCUCAGUCAGCUCUCAUGGAGCUCAACUCUCAGGUCAAAGAGAAGUUCAACCAGCUCAGACUCAGAAUACAGGAUCUGGAGCAGAUGGCCAGAGAGCAAGACAGAGAGAUGGACAGACUGGCCAUUCAGGCGGAAACAGAGAGCCAGAAAAAACAAAUGCUGAGUAACCAGACAGCGUGGAGGAAAGCUAACCUGGCGUGUAAACUAGCCAUAGACAACACGGAGAAGGACGAGCUGCUGCUUAGAGGAGAAAACCAGAGCACCAGGCAGAGGAAGGUGACUAAAGAAAGUCUAGUGGAAACCAGCAGCAACAUCACAGAGAGUCUGAUGUCUAUAAGCAGGAUGAUGGCUGAACAGGUGAAGCAGAGCGAGGACACCAUCGGCACACUGGCCACCUCCUCCAGGACGGUGCAGGAAACCAACGAGGAGUUUAAAAGCAUGACGGGAACCAUCCACCUGGGAAGGAAACUGAUCCUCAAGUACAACCGGCGGGAGCUGACAGACAAGCUGCUCAUCUUCCUGGCUCUGGCGCUCUUCCUCGCCACCGUCCUUUACAUCCUUAAGAAACGUCUCUUCCCCUUCAUUUAGCUGGUUGGCUAAAGGACGCACCCAGGCUUCAGGAACAAUGUUUUCCACGUAUUUCACUCAGCAGAUAGUUACCACAAGGACUUGUAGCAGGUAUGGACUACUUGGAAGAGACUGGACUGCUGCACAGAGACACUGUCAAGGGAAACUUUCUUCUUGUUUGACACCCUAAUUUUUAGCUUGAAUAACAUGCGGGUUUAUAAAAUGUGUAUGAAGGGUAAACUGGCAUUAUGAAGUUUCAUGCAACAACAGUGGUAAGUUUAAAGCCUUGAUAUGCUUCAAACAAACCUGUGCUGUUCAACCCCAGCUAAAGCCAAGUCUAUAUGCUUUUUGCUAAUAGCCACACCCGAUGCUGGGGUGGAAAGCCUGCUGUCAAACCCUCCACCUGGUUGCUAUACACUGCCUUUUUUUCAAGUAGGUAUAGCUGCGGCUGGAGCGGCCUCAGGAAUCACCCAUCACACCUACACGUUAGUCCACGAUCAGCCCCCUUCACCCCUUGAUCCAGAAGCAGAAGCUCAGUCGUGUAGGCUGAAAAUGCGACUGCAGUUAUACGUCCCCUUUUUUAGAAAAGCACCUUGAAGCAUACUGAGGUCUUAAUACUUCUUCUGGCAUUCGGAACUAACCAGGGUUUAAAGCCAUAGUAUUUAAUAACGCUCUCUUUGUUUACUUAUUAUCAAAUUGAUGUUUUGUUAAAGGAAUACUUGACCCCCCAAAUGAUCAUUUGUAUAUUAAUUACUUACCCUGUGUUAUGUUAAUUUCAAGAAGAAAACUGUGCCAGACAUGCAUGCAGUGAAUGAAGCUUUGCGGCACUUCCGUUUCUUCUGUGAACCCGGCGUAACACGGGGUGAAUAAUUGAUAUUCAGAUAGUCACUGAGGAGUUUAAGUAUUCCUUUAAGUGUGUAUGUUUCAAAGAUGCUGCUGUUACAGCUGUUAACGAGUUUACCUUGUGCCUUUCUUCCUUCCAACUGGACAUCCAGAAAACUAAUCUCUUAAUCAUCCUGUGAAAGGCGUGCACUCUGUCGAUAGACUGUGUGUGAAUGUUGAUUAAUGUUUGUUAGAAUAAAAUUGAAUAUUUCCAACAUAUUGAGGGAUUUGUUGUUGUGAUGCAUUGUCACAGUUGCGCCAGCAGAUGUCAGGAUACCCAAUAUUUAUCCCCAUCAGAGAUGCU